UUGUGUAAGUAGUUACCAUGGAGUGGCUGUACUCCACAAGGGGGUUUGUGUAAGUAGUUACACCAUGGAGUGGCUGUACUCCACAAGGGGGUUUGUGUAAGUAGUUACACCAUGGAGGGGCUGUACUCCACAAGGGGGUUUGUGUAAGUAGUUACCAUGGAGUGGCUGUACUCCACAAGGGGGUUUGUGUAAGUAGUUACACCAUGGAGUGGCUGUACUCCACAAGGGGGUUUGUGUAAGUAGUUACACCAUGGAGGGGCUGUACUCCACAAGGGGGUUUGUGUAAGUAGUUACCAUGGAGUGGCUGUACUCCACAAGGGGGUUUGUGAUGCUGGCCCCCGACUUGACCCCCAACAUGGGCCUCUUCUGGUACUUCUUCACUGAGAUGUUCGAACAUUUCUGCAUCUUCUUCCUCUGCGUGUUUCAGCUCAACGCAGUCUUCUACGUCAUUCCCCUCGCCAUCAAACUCAGGGACCACCCCAUGUUCCACCUGCACCUGUUAGUGGGCCUGACUGCAGUGUUUAAGUCCUACCCGACGUUCGGAGAUGCAGCCCUGUUCCUGUCCCUGCUGCCGGUGUGGGGACACUGCUUCAAGUACAUGAGAAACCUGUUCCUAGUGGUGUGCAUGUGGCUAUACAGCAUCGUGCUGGCUCCCGUUCUCUGGCAUCUCUGGAUCUACUACGGCAGCGCGAACGCUAACUUCUUCUACGCAGUCACGCUGGCGUACGCAACAGCACAGAUCUUCCUCCUGACAGACCUCCUGUACGCCUUCUUGAGACGAGAGUUCCACCUGAGACACGGGCCGGCCCCCAAGGAGGGCCAGGGGAUGCCCAUCCUUAUGAACCUUAAGUGACGUCUCAGCCUACAUCAUUUCCACUUCAACACUGUCCAGUUGUGUGCUUUGUCUUCUGUACAUAAACGUUUGUCAUCAAACUGUGUGUGCAAUCUUACAGGGGUAUCCCAUUGGUCUGCUGACUGCUGUACAUUGGCGGCCUUUCUGUGUUCUAAAUAGAAUUUGUGUUAAACUUGACAGACAAGAGAUUUGUUAUUUUUAUCAAGGAAAUUUGUCGGGCUCACUUAGCCGCAGCGACAAAGCCAACGUAACACAGUCUCAGUGAGAUUCGUGCUUUAGAGUGUAUAUUUUGAUCUGAAUACUUUUCUUUGCAUGAACCUUUAGGUGACGUUGCAUGAGGACCUAAACAAUUAUGUUUAACUUAGUGUCAGUGUGUGGCAGAGACUGUCAUUCUCGUAUAGGACUGUUUAGCCACAGUCGACGCUGUAGGGCUGAUAUCAAUUAGGAUUUUACCAUGGUCAAUAUUGACUGAAGGAGGCCAUAUACAUACAGUGCUGUGUCAGUGCAAAAUUGCUGAUAUUUCCUCGCAGGAUUUCAUUGUGAUAGAAAUUGUGUCACUGUUUUUUUCUCAUCAGAUGAAAUCUGUGUACAAAUACGUUUUUAAUAUCCUGUGGAGAUGAGUUUUUUUUCUAUUUAAUAAAUGGGCAACAUGAGAAGAAAGAGUCGUUGUGACC